CUAGAAACAAGAUGGCGCAUGUAAACUACACUUGAUUCAAAAGACAUGCAUGCUGGACUAUUUUGGUCGUCAUCUAAGUGAUGAUUCGGAUUGAAAGGGUGAUGCGAAACAACUUUUGUUCCAGAACACUCUUUAUCUAUUAUUAUUUUAUGAAAUGCAAUAAUAUUUUGCAGUUAACUUAACGCUUAAAAUACAUCAACACAAGAACUAAAUAUGAUCAGGCUGAAUAAAUGAAAGUAAAAUAACAACUGUAACAACUCCAUCUAAAUCUAAAAUGAAACUUAAGAUAUUUUUUUAAAUUUUGCGUACAUAACUUCAACAUAAAUAGCUAUGAUUCAUAGACCUACAUAUUUUAAGCACAUCAAUGAAGCGAUCUGCCCUGAUUCAACACAUUCGCCAUUCUUGCACUUGAUAAUGAUAAUAAUUUCUGGCCAUAGUUACUAGUUACUAGUAUAAUCUAGUUAGUUAUUCAGAGGUACUUAGGUAAAGCAAGGGAGACUACUAAAAAAUUUGUAUGGGAAAUGGACGUCGGUGCAGGAGAAUCCGAGUUUUUAAUUUUUGGACAUCAGUGCUUUUGUGUUGCUGAAAGUGAAAGGACUAUAUUAUUGACUAUACUAUAAUAUUUUGUCAUAAAAUUGUGGUAUUCUUUGAAGAUUCUUUCACAUGUUCACAAUAUGGUUCAUCUAGACCUACAUUCCAAUGUACUGUAUUGCAUUUUUUGAUCUACCUUAAUUUUCAAAAUUCAUAGGUAAACAUUAGGCAUAUUUCCCUCAAACGUUUUUAAAGAAAUAAAAGGAUCAUGUCUUUCAUAUUAAAUUCUGAUGAGAAUUUAUAAUAUUUUUAUAUUGAUGUAGGUAUAUAUGUGCCAAUUCUCAUUAAUGUAGGUUGUGUUCGACGUUCGUUAUGCUUGUCCCACUAACCUUCAUUAUCAUAAGGUCGCUCAGCACAAUUUUGACCAAUCCCCCUUUUUAAUGGCGGAAGAUGCUUAGGAAAUAUUCAAUAACAACCACUAUUUACAUCCAAAUAUUUGAUAACUUGUGAAUUAGAAUGAACUUAAAAUACUUAGAAGUAAUUUAAACAAGAAUAUUUUAAUUUGAGGUUUUAAAAACCUGGUAGAGUUCAUAUAAUAAAUGAUUGUAAUUUGCUGUGUGCAAAAUAUUGUAGUGGGCAACCAUUUACAGCCACUUUCAUCAUUUCUACACCGUAGUACUAUCUCAGAGUUUCAUUCAUAAGAGUUUUCAGUGUGCAAAAACUAUUAAACCAUAGGUCAGGGAAAGCUUUAAUUAAUUAGUCAUGUGCCAAAGUUGAAAGCUCAAAAUAAAUAGUCCCUAAAAAAUAUUUUAGUAAUAAGGCUAAGGGGAUGAGUUGCCUUAUAUAGACUAUAUUUUUAUACCGGUAUAAAGGACGCCGUAGACUUCGUAAAAAGAAAAGCCAUUUAUUAAUAUGUUAUAUCAAAUUUACUAAUAUGCAUUGUGCAUAGUUAGAUAAGUUACAAUUUAUUUAUUUAUAAGUGCAUAACAUUAUUAAAAUUACUUUUUAAUUAAUUUAAUACAUCAUUAAUUCUGAAAAUAAAAGUUAUAUAAAAUUAUCUUUAAAACAAGAGUUAUUGCGCACGACGCAUUCAGCAUAAUAGGGUCACAAAAUGUGGAGGUGUAGUCUAUAGUAAAAAAUACCAAACGAACUUGCACUUUAAAAUGUAUAGCUCAACAAGUGCUAAAGGUAGAAAGUUGAUUCUGGUUUCAUAUUUGAAAUUUGCUCUAUAUAACUAAUAUUUUAUAAUUUUAAUUUUUUUUUACCCAAGUACCUCCUAAACUGUACUUAAAAAGUUAUAAAAAUAAAAGUCAGUUUCUUAAAAUUUUUUAAAGUCUUUUUAAAAUCAUUAACCCGUUCAUUACUGGUGGUUUUGGCAUCGAUUUUUGCUGACUCAGCAAUUUAAAAAACCCUUAAUGAUGAAACUUUCGGUAUUUGUUCAUUCUCUAUCCAAUUUGCUUAUUAGCUUCUCUAUAAAUUAACGAAUAAAAAAAUAUAUAGCAUUGAAAUAUGACGUCAACGUGACGUCCUUGGUAUUUCAGAAAAGUUCUUUGCCUAUUUGUUAUGAUGAUAAUGUGAUGUCCUUGGUACUUUAAAGUGGGUGAUCGUGACGUUGCGUUGAUGUCAGCGGUAAUGAACUGGUUAAAAUUAACAUGACAAUAUAGCUUUAACUUAAAGGUUUUCAUAAUACUCACCAGUGAUAGUGAUAGUGCUAAAUAUUUGACACUCAGGGCAGGCGCUAGACAUUUUUAGGUUGGGUGAAAAUAGGCAAUUGUCGCCCAGUGGAAAAUUAUGGGAAGAGUUCAGAAAAAAAUGUGUGUUUUGAUUUUAACAAAUUUUGCCUUGGCGCCUGUGUGAUGAUCAUCAAUCGUACCCGCCUUGAGCCGCCCGUAAUAUUGGAACCCAAAUUAUUAGGCUACUGGUACUACCUUACCCUACAUUUCUCAUUUCGAUAUUUAUUUCAUUUCUUAAAAUCGUGGGGAGGGGGGCGCACAGAAAUAAUGGAAAGGGCAUGGGGUCAUAUAUAAUAUGACAUCAUAUAAGUUUCACACAGUAAUUUUUACACUAAAAUAAUAGCCCAUUUGUCAUUGUCAGAUCAACAUGAGUAUAAAUUUUAAUAGUUAUAUCUACAAAUUGUUUUGCAGAACAUUCAACAUAAAUUCUAGUAUUAAAAGUAAAAAGGAAGAGGGAUUGGUGUUUUACAAUUGUCUUUUUGCUUGUAGGGAAAAGUGUGAUGCUAUUAUGAUCUUGUUUAAGAAAGGCUUGUUAAUUUAGAGGAAAUUACAAUAAUACAUUACGCCUGGCAUACUUAGUAAGUGGCGUAAGACAAUAUAAAUAUGAAAUUAGAUGAUGACCCUCUAGGUCUAGUGUUCAAAUCCAAUUAACCCUUAAUGUCAAAACCAUUUCUUCCCACACUUGUGGCACAAGCAGUAUUAAUAUGGGUGCUGAUAAAAGCAAAAAAUGACAUGUGCCAUAUUGGAAUUAAACAUGGUAAAAAAGCUUAAAAGAAUUGUUUUUUAUCUACUGGUUGGGACUCCAGUGUGAUAAUGUGCACCAGUUGCUAUAUACGACUGGAUGAGUUUUAAAAAUAAUUUUUAAAUUGAAGUUUAAAGUAUAAAGUUCCAUUUUCCUAAAAAAUUAGGACAUUAAUGUUCCAACAUUUACAUAUGACAUAAAGAUAUCUAUGCAUGUGUCGGCUGUUUCACAUAGAGGUGGGUGUAGUAUAUGGAAUAUGUUGAAGAUUUUAUUUUAAUUCCUCCCCCCCAGUUGGUAGUACAUUGGGCAAGAAUGGAUUUAGAUAUAUUAAAAAGUAAUGUAUAAUUUUAAAAGACCAUUUGAAAUGCCUUAGUUCAAAUCUUGUGGGUACCUUAUUACUUCCUUUAUUCUAGUGUAUUAGGGAGGGUGGGGGAUGGGGUUGUUGUUUUAGGUUAUAUUCUGUUGAUGAAGACAUAGUUUGUGCCUUGCCUUAUGAAGAAACAAAAAGCAUAUUUUUUUAUUAUUGAAAAAGAACUAGAACUCCACAACACAAAUUUCAUUCUUUCCAGACGCUUUCAUUUGCUUAUGAAUUUGCUUGUGAAUUAUUAAAUGAACCCAUUUUAAUACAAUAUUUGUUUAUUUUACACACCACAUGAAGAUUCAGUAACUAAUUUUUAUGUAGUUAGCCCUAUUUUUUUGCUAACUUUAGUUUUACUUUCUACAUUUUUGCCAUACAGUCCAAGCACUGAAGCAGGGCAGUGCUGUCUCAUUGAUGGGGAAACAGCAACAAGACCAACAGCAGUAGUUCAGUGAGAGCAAGGCACUGCCCAGCAGUCAUCAGUCAGUUUUACCAUGGCACAAAUCAAAACAUACGCACGCUUAAAACCGUCCAAAAAAGCCUACCCUGGAUAUGAGAUAGGCAAAAAUGUGCUGACUGUGCAUAUUCCAGACAACAAGGAUUUUCUGAUUCAAGGCCCCCAGCAGGCCAUCCGCAGCAACCUCAGCUAUGACAUAGUCUUUACCGAUAUCUUUAGACCUGAAGCUACGCAAGAAGCAGUUUUUGAUGGCGUUGCAAAAGACAUAAUUCAAAGUGAGUGUAUAAUCUGAUUAAAUCUCUGGAACCUAAUCAUGUCUCAUGUCGACCCAGGCUUUUUGACCCACCUGCCUUAACGUCUUAUUAAUAUUUAUAUACGCAAAUUUAGAUUCAGAAUCAUGUUUCUCCACCCCUUUUACAAUUCUAGAAAAUUUAAAAACAUCAAACUUGUCACGUGAGAAUACUACUACAAUAAUUUGAAAAACCUUAUAAUCUUUUCUAUGGCAAAGUAUUUUUUUGUUAUUUUAUUGACAGACUUUCUAAAUGGCUACAAUGGGACAAUUUUUGCUUACGGUCAAACUGGAACUGGAAAAACAUAUACAGUUGAGGGUAAUACCAGUCGUUACAGUACCAGGGGAUUAGCUACAAGGUAAGAGCAAAGCCUGGCACACUUAGUUUUCAUGUGAAAAUUAACUGAAUCUAUUAGGAAUGUUUUAAUUAUAUUUUUCACUACACAAUCUUCUAUUUUUUUCCUUUUAUUAUUUAAAAUAUCAAUGUUUAAAUGAAUCAAUAUUUUAGUUUUUGACUUGCCAUGUAAAUCCAAAAUCUAAAAUUUAAAAAAUAUCAAUAUUUCAAUGCAUCAAUACUUUAGUGUUUUGACUUCCUUUGUAACUCCAUUAAUCUUUUAGUUUCAAUGAAAUUUGCCUAAGUAGGAAAGAAAAGCAUUUGCCUUUUUUGUUUGGUUCAGUCAACUUCAAUGGUAAAGAACUGGUGGCUUUUCCAGUCAUAAGAAAACUACCCUUAAAGUCGCAGCUGUUAGAUUUUUUCCUGGGACCAAAAUCCUCCUGUUGCCAAGGGUUUAAGCAGAUUUUUUUUAAAUUUAUUUUUUCAGAGCCUUGAGCAUGAUAUAUCAACAGCUUGAGAACAGGACAGAUGAGCACAUAUCGGUGUACCUCUCCUACUUAGAGAUCUACCAGGAAGUUGCAUAUGACUUGCUCAACCCUGCCGCAAGGUCUUCUUUGCCGGUAGCUCCAUUUGCAAAAGUUAGUACCACUUUUAAUUUAAAAAUUUGAAUAGGCCUGCACUGGUAACCUAGUUUUUGUAUCGUACAGGCCGACCAAACUGAUCAAUAAAUUUUGUCAAUUAUGGUAAGUUAGUAAAGUUAUUUUUGUAUUCUCUCAUUUUUGUUAUCUUUUGAGAAACUUAGUAAGAAAGCCUUAUAAUGGCUGCCAUAAAUAUUUAUACAACUCAUUAUUAUUUUAUUUAACCACCUUCAUUUAUCCAAAAAAGUAUUCAAUAAUUUUAAAAUUUUGAUUUCUACAGGUGACUGUAGUGGAAGGACCACGAGGCUCUUGCAUUUUGAGGGGCCUCUCUCUUCAUCUUGCAGCCAAUGAAGAAAUUGCACAAAUGCUUUUACUGCAAGGUCAGGCUAAUCGGAAGGUGGCCGAAACGCCGGUUAACCAGCGAUCGUCGCGAUCGCAUGCUGUUUUUACUGUGUACUUACAAGUGAGAAAGCAUGACUCGGAAGUUCUUGUUAAGUAAGCAGAUUAUGUGCAUUUCAAUCUUUUGUUUCAAUUUUUUUUUUUAAAGUUUGAAAAGUAUAACAAAAUAUAAUAUCGGACCAAGACUGUAGUUUAAUUAGUCUAUCACAUUCUUUAAAAGGUAUUGGUUUCCUUGUUGAUGGUAGUGGCUGCUAAAUUGAGUUCUUGUUUCAUCAGCAUUUGAGUAAGUUAAUAGCUAGGGAGAUUUUCUUUGGGUGACCAUUAAAAAAAAAAAGGUGAUUGUGCUAUACCCAGCAUGUGUAACCUUUCAUGACUAAGGAAAGUAUGAUAAUUAUUUCCCAUUUCUGAUCAGUUCAAAACUUCAUCUGGUUGACCUGGCUGGUUCGGAACGUGUGUCAAAAACUGGGGUCGACGGGCAGCAACUGACCGAGGCCAAGUCUAUUAAUUUGUCCCUUCAUCAUCUAGAAACAGUCAUCAUUGCGCUACAGUCUGAUCGUACCAACACCCCAAGCAGUAGCUCAACAGGGGAGAGAAGUAAAGGGGACAACCCACCAACAGUUAGUAGAAGGUGAGCCAGUUUUCAUGGUUGUUUGCUUGUGUUUUAUCCAGAACAAUUAUUUUAAAAUAAACAUCAGAUUUCUAUAUAUAAGUUGUUUGUUUCUUGAUAAAGAAUGUAGAACAACUUGGUUAUUUAAGAUUUCAUGUAACGACCUUAUUUUUUUUUUUUUACUUUGUGCUCCCCAGUAAUACAUCGUUCACUUCAGGGCCAUCUAGUGAUGGCAGUAGGCCUUUCAAGUUUGUGCCUUAUAGAAAUUCUUUGUUGACUAUGGUCCUGAAGGAUUCUCUAGGUGAGCCAUUUCUUAGCUUUUUAAUAUACAUUUGUACUCAAGGCUUUCCACAGUAUUCUGUAAUGGGCCGCCACUUUGAAAUCUGUCGGCUCAGAUCGUGUCUGUACAAACUGUGGUUCGCGGGCUGGAUGCGACCCAUCACUUUUUCAACCAGACCUGAUUUAAUGCGGCAUGGGCCUAGAAAUUAAAUCUUUAUUGUCUUUUUAAAUUCUUUUUUAAUCCACAUGAAAUGAGAUAAUAUUGACAUUUGAGGAUUUGCAAGCAAUCCUCUUAAUAGUAACAGUUUAUUUCUUUCCAUUGAUAGAAUUGUAUGUGUAAAUUUCUUUUUAAACUAACCCAGAGACCUAAAAGUGAUAAGGUGGUCAAGUUUAAGUUUACAACCUUUCCCUUGUCUGGGCUCUGCCUAAUGGCCUUGAAGGGUGCCCAGUCCCUUGACUUAAAACAUUUGCACAUUCCCAGCUUAAAUCAUUGAGAUGGCUAAUAAAAUAUUUCAUCCAGCAUAUUCAUUAUUGUCACAUAUUAGUUUUGAGGGAAGGGAUUAAAAUAGGUCAUUUUAAAAGGCUUUGUAUUUUCACAAUGUUGCAUUGUUUUAUAGUAAGAGUUUGUCCUUGUGUCACCAGGAGGUAAUUGCCUGACAGCCAUGAUAGCUACUAUAUCUCUAGAGCCAGAAAACCUAGGAGAAUCCAUCUCCACAUGUCGCUUUGCACAGCGGGUUGCACGUAUUGCAAACAAUGCCAGGUGGGUUUGUGUUCUUAAAAUAUGUGUGUCUUGUUUCAUGCAGAGGCAAGCAAUGUGAUGUUUUACUUUAUUUCUGUUAGUAUUUCUUUGUUCGACUAACUUUUCAUUUAAAUGUAUGGAAGGGAUCCCCCAUUCAUUGUUGGGUUCAUUUACCAUUUAAAUGUACUGAUUGGGAUCCCCCAUUUAUUAUUUGGGCUAAUUUACCAUUUAAAUGUACUGAUUGGGAUCCCCCAUUUAUUAUUUGGGCUAAUUUACCAUUUAAAUGUACUGAAUGGGAUCCCCCAUUUAUUAUUUGGGCUAAUUUACCAUUUAAAUGUACUGAUUGGGAUCCCCCAUUUAUUAUUUGGGCUAAAUUACCAUUUAAAUGUACUGAAUGGGAUCCCGGAUUUAUUAUUUGGGCUAAUUUACCAUUUAAAUGUACUGAAUGGGAUCCCAAAUUAAUUAUUUGGGCUAGUUUACCAUUUAAAUGUACUGAAUGGGAUCCCCCAUUUAUUAUUUGGGCUAGUUUACCAUUUAAAUGUACUGAAUGAGAUCCCCAUUUAUUGUUGAAAUAAAAUUCUCACAAAAAAACUUCAGUUUAUAAUACUUUUUUCUUGAUAUGUUUAACAUUUAAAUAAACUUCUUCUUAGGACUGAACUUUUAGCUAGCCAAUGAUGCAUUUUAUCAUUGACGAUACAAUUCUUUGUGUGCUGUCAUGUCUUAAAAUGUUUGCUCAACUUCCGGGAUCUGAACAAGAUUUUUUUAGUAUUUCAAGGUUUUUACUUUUAAAUUAUCAGAAAUGGAAAAUAAUUACCAAACUUUCCUCAGAGAUGAAAGGUUAGACCCUAUACAAACUGGGUACAGCAGAAUACUUUUGUUGUGACAAGACUACAACUUUUUCUACCCUUCCCUUUAAGAAUAUAUUUUAUUUAUAAUAAGAGAGGAAAAAUUUCAGCUUUCAUCAUUGCAUAAUAUUGAAGAACUAGGAUGCAUCUAUGUAUGAAUUCAUGUUGAAAAUAUUAUUAUCUGACAUUGACAUAAAAAUAGUCAUUUUGUAGAUACUCAUUAGCAGGCUUAUUUGGUUUCCAUGCCAACCGUAUGUUUUUAUGUUUGCAGGAGAAAUGAAGAGGUUGAUGAUAAAACACUUAUCAAGAGACUCAAACACAAAGUGGCUUACUUAGAGAACCAGGUGGCUCUUCUGCGCUCAAAGGUUUGUUUCAAGAUUUUAGGAUCAGUUUUCAAAGGGUUUUUAUGUGUUUUUUUUUUAUCAAGCUAAAAAAUGUGGAGUGAGAGCUCACUCUGUAAGCCAUCUAAUUGGUAGUGGGAAAUGACCAUUCAAUGUUAAGGGAAGUGACCUUUCAAUAAUGUUAAGGGAAAUGACCAUUCAAUGUUUAAAGGAAAUGACCAUUCAAUAUUUAUGUGAAAUGACCAUUCAAUGUUAAGGGAAAUGACCAUUCAAUGUUUAAGUGAAAUGACCAUACAAUGUUUAUGGGAAAUGACCAUUCAAUGUUUAUGUGAAAUGACCAUUCAAUGUUUAUGUGAAAGGACCAUUCAAUGUUUAUGGGAAAUGACCAUUCAAUGUUUAUUGGAAAUGACCAUUCAAUGGUUGUGGGAAAUGACCAUUCAAUGUUUAUGUGUAAUGACCAUUCAAUGUUUAUGUGAAAUGACCAUUCAAUGUUUAUGGGAAAUGACCAUUCAAUGUUUAUGUGAAAUGACCAUUCAAUGUUUAUGGGAAAUGACCAUUCAAUGUUUAUGUGAAAUGACCAUUCAAUGUUUAUGUGAAAUGACCAUUCAAUGUUUAUGUGAAAUUACCUUUCAAUGUUUAUGUGAAAUGACCAUUCAAUGUUUAUGUGAAAUGACCAUUCAAUGUUCAUGUGAAAUGACCAUUCAAUGUUUAUGAGAAAUGACCAUUCAAUGUUUAUGUGAAAUGACCAUUCAAUGUUUAUGGGAAAUGACCAUUCAAUGUUUAUGUGAAAGGACCAUUCAAUGUUUAUGGGACAUGACCAUUCAAUGUUUAUUGGAAAUGACCAUUCAAUGGUUGUGGGAAAUGACCAUUCAAUGUUUAUGUGAAAUGACCAUUCAAUGUUUAUGUGAAAUGACCAUUCAAUGUUUAUGGGAAAUGACCAUUCAAUGUUUAUGUGAAAUGACCAUUCAAUGUUUAUGUGAAAUGACCAUUCAAUGUUUAUGGGAAAUGACCAUUCAAUGUUUAUGUGAAAUGACCAUUCAAUGUUUAUGUGAAAUGACCAUUCAAUGUUUAUGGGAAAUGACCAUUCAAUGUUUAUGGGAAAUGACCAUUCAAUGUUUAUGUGAAAUGACCAUUCAAUGUUUAUGGGAAAUGACCAUUCAAUGUUUAUGUGAAAUGACCAUUCAAUGUUUAUGGGAAAUGACCAUUCAAUGUUUAUGUGAAAUGACCAUUCAAUGUUUAUGUGAAAUGACCAUUCAAUGUUUAUGUGAAAUGACCAUUCAAUGUUUAUGGGAAAUGACCAUUCAAUGUUUAUGUGAAAUGACCAUUCAAUGUUUAUGGGAAAUGACCAUUCAAUGUUUACGUGAAAUGACCAUUCAAUGUUUAUGGGAAAUGACCAUUCAAUGUUUAUGUGAAAUGACCAUUCAAUGUUUAUUGGAAAUGACCAUUCAAUGUUUAUGUGAAAUGACCAUUCAAUGUUUAUGUGAAAUGACCAUUCAAUGUUUAUGGGAAAUGACCAUUCAAUGUUUAUGUGAAAUGACCAUUCAAUGUUUAUGUGAAAUGACCAUUCAAUGUUUAUGGGAAAUGACCAUUCAAUGUUUAUGUGAAAUGACCAUUCAAUGUUUAUGGGAAAUGACCAUUCAAUGUUUAUGUGAAAUGACCAUUAAAUGGUUAAUGUGGGGAAAAAACCUUUAAUAGAUGUCAAAGCAUGUAAUGUUUAUAUGAUGCAGAAAUUUUAAAUCAAAUGUCCUUAUUGAGUGACUAAUAAACUUGAUUUAAAAAAAAAAAAAAUGUUAAAUGCUAAGGGGUUUUUUAUAAAUUACAUCUGCACAAAGACACAUUCCCCCCUUCCCUUUUUUCAGCAUGUGGGUUUACUCCACCUGCGGGAUUCUUCAGGUGCAUACGACCAUUGAUGGCACUUAAUUCCAGAAAUUAUAAUAAGGAUUAUAAAGAGCAAAGAGUCACUAGAUUUAACCUUCUAAAUCAGUAUGAUAUGGUCCAUCUGUUGAUUUGUUGAUUGCUUAGCACUGCAGGGCUGUUGAUUUUGGAAAUUAUGCAUUGGGGGAUGGGGGGGUUUCCCUCUGCAAUAAGUAAAUAAUUUUAAUAUCCUCAAAUUCAGAUUUUUUUAAUAUAGCCAACUGUCACCUAACUGUGAAAUCCAUGAUGAUAUAUAAUACUUUUUUAAAGUCUUAAAAGAAAUUGUUAAAAUGUUUUAUAUUUAUUGUCAAACUGUUGCUUUGUGUUAACACUCACCAGAUGUCGCAACAGCAGUACUUAUUCAUACAAGGUUCUGUGAAUUAAUUUGUGAUGUAAUUAUUUUGUUUGGCUGGCUGAACCAAACAGCUGCACUGGUAAAAAAAAAAAAUUGAGAGGGUGUUAUUGACCUACAGCACAAAUUUGAACAUGCUUCCCCAGAUUUUUUUACACCAUGCCUCAUAAAAACAAACACCUAAAAUGUUUUAAUUCUUCCCCCCCCCCGUGGAAGAUUAACAAGGUGGUCUGUAUGCUGCCUUAAACUAGACUGAACAAAAGUAAUUGAUAUAUAUUUGUAUUGCAGUGUAUGAAAAACAUAAAAGUUGUUAACUGUUAAUAAAAAUAAUGUUUUAACAUUGCACCCCCCCAUUUUGAAACAAAUCAUUUCUGAUAUCCAAGAGCUUUGGCUUUGUCCCCUUUAUGGACCACCCAUAAGCAAAUAUUCUCUUCAGUUCCCCUUUAUGGACCACCCAUAAGCAAAUAUUCUCUUCAGUUCCCCUUUGGACCACCCAUUAGCAAAUAUUCUAUUCAGUUCCCCUUUGGACCACCCAUAAGCAAAUAUUCUCUUCAGUUCCCCUUUGGACCACCCAUAAGCAAAUAUUCUCUUCAGUUCCCCUUUGUGGACCACCUAUAAGCAAAUAUUCUCUUCAGUUCCCUUCUUUAUGAAUUUCCAGGGAAGGAACGAGCCAAUCACUGAUGAGGAUAUAUUGGAUGUUCUAACGGAGGAAGAUCGUAUUGUCUGUGCUAAGAUUAUGGAGGGAUUCUUGCAAGGGGUCAUCACAGACCCUGUAGAUGCUGGUGAGUUGAGGGUUAAUGGUACAUUGAUUGUGUCCUGUUGAAUGCUCUACCUUAUAGAAAUUAUCAAAAUGUUUCUGAAGACACUUUUUGUUUACAAUGUAAGGUUUAUCUAUUUCUUUUUUUUAAAAUACAAUUAAGCUCCUCAGGUGGAAUUUAUUGCGCUUUUAUCCAAACAGGUUAUGUCCAGGAAAUUUUAAACUUCCACAGAGCUUAACUCUAUGAAUUUAUAACAGUUGUAUUCACACAUUCCUUUAUUUCUAAUUAACUUACCCAAAAUGUUACUUCCAUAAUACAAACCUCCACCCAUUGCUUCCGUUCACAAUCUUGUCCAUGUUUUGUCCCACCACUUUUGGCCAGGCAUUUGUGACCAGUGUCGGUUUCGUGAGUGCCUACACCUUCUGAAGCACCAAUGUCUCCAGAUCGGCACUGCUGUGAGGCCACCCAAGGCUAUACCACCACAAACUCAGCAGGGCAAUGAGACCACUUUGGACCAGACUGAGCCUGUCCAACCAAACAACCCACACAGAGAUGGAGGGGACCAUGUCAUGAACACAACAUCACAAGGCACAUCACCAACUGCCCCAAAUCUUAGUCAAUGGUAAGAUUUGCUAUUCUGUCAAUUGGUGAGAAUGGGUAUAUUUUCUUUUUAAUAUCAUUUUUAAAACAAAUGUAUUCCAGUUUGGCACGCCCCCUUAUUUAACAUGUUAUAAAAAAUUAAAUGAAACACGGGCGUCCAAUCAGCAGAUAUUAUUUUUUUUAUUAACAUCAUGUGCCAGACGUUCCUUCCCCAUGAUUCUGUUUUUUAGUUUUUGGUGAAUGUCUUGAUCCCAUUCCAUUUCUAUGCAUCUGGAUGAUUUAUUUGUACAGAGAUGUUAAAAUGUUGCAAACAAAUAACAUAACUGUUUAUCAUAAAGUUUUGUUUAUUAUUUCAGUCCACCCUCAAAAAAUGCUUACUCUGCCGAAUCAGUGACCCACUCCUCUUCUGAGAUCACGAUGCAGUCGCCAGAGGACUACUGUGAUGGAGGUGGAGAAAUAAUCCAAGCUGAAGGAGGUGUUCCAAGAGGUACCAUUUUUUAAAACGCAUUAACCACAUACAACAGUUAUAAAUUAAUGGUCCUGUUAAUUUUUCAUAUUUUACUUAACAAAGGAAAUGAGUGAAACAAGGUAUGGGAGAACCUGAAACAAAGGGACGCAACAAAACAACAAAUAUGUCUUAAAGAAAUCCUUAUCAGCGAACAAAAAACAGUGAAAAUAGAAUUAAAUAAAAAAAAUGUGUUCGUCCGUCAAAAUCGACUAGGACCAUUGAGUCAUUCGGAUAGGGGGGAGGGUGGGUUACGAUGAGCUUGUAGGUGGCUUGCUAGACCGAUCCCUGCUUGGAAUAAUCUCUGGCACCGCGGGCAAGGGAUAGUUGCUGCAGUCGCUGAUCUAAUGUUGCUCUUUCGGGCCAGCCUGCAUGUCUGAGCUGUGGUUAUCCUACUGGCUCCAUGAGAUUUAGCCCCUUUCUUGACAGCUGCUCUCCACCUGGCUCUGUCCUGGGCUGUCUGCACCCAUUGAGUACGGUCGAUGCUGAAGGCCUUUAGUGCAGCUUUCAGGGAGUCUUUGUAACACUUUUUUUUAACUCCUUGGGAACGCUUGCCUAUCGUGAGUUCUCCGAAGAAUAUCUGUUUUGGUAGCAGGUCAUCUUCCAUAUGGGCUAAGUGUCCCAUCCAACGGAGUUGAGACUGCAUCAGGGUGGUAAAUAUACUUGGUAGGUUCACUCUAGCGAGGACAUCUGUAUCAGGAACUUUCUCUUGCCACCUGAUGCCGAGGAGUUUCCUGAGGCAGGUUGUGUGAAAUCGGUUAAGUUUCUUGGCGUGACGCUGGUAGACUUUCCACUUUCAGCUGGCUGAUACAUCACCUCAGUCUUCUUUGUGUUGACUGUGAGGCCAAAGUGAUUGCACGCCUCAGAGAAGAUAUAAACGCUGAAUUGCAUGAUGGCUUCUGAGGCAGCGUUGAUGGCACAAUCGUCCGCAAACAGAAGCUCGUUGAUGGUGUUCUGUUUGAACUUGGUUUUUGCUUGAAGCCUCCUAAGGUUGAAGACUGAUCCAUCAGUGCGAAACCGGAUUAGCAAGCCUGUGGUGGAGUUUUUGAAUGCAUCAGACAGCAUUGCAGAGUGUGGGAGCCAGGACACAGCCCUGCUUCACACCGUUUGUGACGGGGAAUGCUUAAGAUGACUGACCGUUGUCCUGCACUUGGACCAUAAGGAAGCUGACGGAUGAUGUUGGUGAACUUGUCUGGGCAUCCGUACUUCUUCAUGAUUUUCCACAGGCCACCUCUAUUGACCCCGUCAAAAGUCUCAUUCAAGUCGAUAAAUGGGGUACAUAAGUUUGUAUUUUUCUCCUGACAUUUCUCUUGAAGCUGCCUAGGAGCAAACACCAUAUCGAUAGUUUUGUGUUUUUUGUGGAAACUGCAUUGACUUUUGGGUAGGAGACAUAGCUCCAGAUGUGCAUUCAGGCGGUUUAGAAAGGCUCGGCCAAGAUCUUGCCUGCGGUGGACAGCAGUGAAAUUCUGCAGUGAUUUUUGCAGGCCUGUUGGUUUCCUUUGUGUUUGUACAGGUGGAUAAUCGAGGCAUCCUUGAGAUCUUGUGGUACUGUUUCUGUCUGCCAGAUGAUAUGGAAUAGACGCAAUAGCUUAUCCGUCAGCGCUGGUCCAUCCUCUUUGUAGAUUUUGGCAGGAAUAACACUUAGCUGUAAUGUAGUAUCCUCUUGUUGUCUCUUCGCCCCCCCCCCCCCUUUCCCUCCCCUUUACCUUUUUUUCUUAAAUGAAGCCAUGUCAGUCCAAAAUGCUUGAGUAAAUGUUUAAAUUAUUUUUUUUUUUUGCAAGUUACUGGUAUAUUUUUUCAAAAGUGUUCCUGACUUAGGAAUAGCCAAAUCCACGAUUUCACCAAGUAACCGCUACCAAUAAAGUGCAUUUAAGUGUUAGUCUAAAGGUUUUUCAUUACCAGGAUGUUAAAAAAAAUCAAGGGAAAAAAAUACAUCAAGGAAUAUGAUAUUGAUAAAGAGAGAUGUCUUUAUUGCAAGCUGAAGAAAUUUGAAUUUGGUAGUUUUUGUUGUAUCACUCACAUUCCAUUCAUGACAAAACCAAAUUCACCCAUAGUAAAAAAGUCUAGUCCUUUGGACCAUUUGUUGGAUUCAUUGAGACGAGGAGAGAAGACAUUUGAUAAAAAAGAUGCAAAGACCAGGAAACAGGGCAAAAUGGAUGAAGAGGAAUUCAUCAAACAGGAACAGCUGGAGAAACUGAAGCAUGAAAACUUGAUUGAGGAGCUGACAGCAGCCGAGCACAAUCUGAGGUGAGUCAUCAGCCUAUUUAGCUCUUGUGGCUGCUUUUUCUUUCCUCUGCCACACUAGCUCUUGGGGUAUCUUUUUCUUUCCUCUGCCACACUAGCUCUUGUGGUAUCUUUUUCUUUCCUCUGCCACGCUAGCUCAUGGGGUAUCUUUUUCUUUCCUCUGCUACACUAGCUCUUGUGGUAUCUUUUUCUUUCCUCUGCAACUUUAGCUCUUGUGGUAUCUUUUUCUUUCCUCUGCCAUGAUAGCUCUUGUGGUAUCUUUUUCUUUCCUCUGCCAUGAUAGCUCUUGUGGUAUCUUUUUCUUUCCUCUGCCAUGCUAGCUCUUGUGGUAUCUUUUUCUUUCCUCUGGCAUGCUAUCUCUUGUGGUAUCUUUUUCUUUCCUCUGCCAUGCUAGCUCUUGUGGUAUCUUUUUCUUUCCUCUGCCACGCUAGCUCUUGUGGUAUCUUUUUCUUUCCUCUGCCAUGCUAGCACUUGUGGUAUCUUUUUCUUUCCUCUGGCAUGCUAUCUCUUGUGGUAUCUUUUUCUUUCCUCUGCCACGCUAGCACUUGUGGUAUCUUUUUCUUUCCUCUGCUACGCUAGCUCUUGUGGUAUCUUUUUCUUUCCUCUGCCAUGCUAGCUCUUGUGGUAUCUUUUUCUUUCCUCUGCCACGCUAGCUCUUGCGGUAUCUUUUUCUUUCCUCUGCCAUGCUAGCUCUUGUGGUAUCUUUUUCUUUCCUCUGGCAUGCUAUCUCUUGUGGUAUCUUUUUCUUUCCUCUGCCACGCUAGCUCUUGCCCAUAGAAAAAGAAAGCUCUGCCAUGCUAGCUCUUGUGGUAUCUUUUUCUUUCCUCUGGCAUGCUAUCUCUUGUGGUAUCUUUUUCUUUCCUCUGCCACGCUAGCUCUUGCGGUAUCUUUUUCUUUCCUCUGCCACGCUAGCUCUUGCGGUAUCUUUUUCUUUCCUCUGCCACGCUAGCUCUUGUGGUAUCUUUUUCUUUCCUCUGCCACGCUAGCUCUUGUGGUAUCUUUUUCUUUCCUCUGGCAUGCUAGCACUUGUGGUAUCUUUUUCUUUCCUCUGCCACACUAGCUCUUGUGGUAUCUUUUUCUUUCCUCUGCCACGCUAGCUCUUGCGGUAUCUUUUUCUUUCCUCUGCCACGCUAGCUCUUGCGGUAUCUUUUUCUUUCCUCUGCCACGCUAGCUCUUGUGGUAUCUUUUUCUUUCCUCUGCCACGCUAGCUCUUGUGGUAUCUUUUUCUUUCCUCUGGCAUGCUAGCACUUGUGGUAUCUUUUUCUUUCCUCUGCCACACUAGCUCUUGUGGUAUCUUUUUCUUUCCUCUGCCACGCUAGCUCUUGCGGUAUCUUUUUCUUUCCUCUGCCACGCUAGCUCUUGCGGUAUCUUUUUCUUUCCUCUGCCACGCUAGCUCUUGUGGUAUCUUUUUCUUUCCUCUGCCACGCUAGCUCUUGUGGUAUCUUUUUCUUUCCUCUGCCACGCUAGCUCUUGUGGUAUCUUUUUCUUUCCUCUGCCAAGUUUUGUUUUUUAAAAUAUUAUUAGGCUCUGGCAGUUUAUUGUUAAUUGGCAAAUAUGUUUAUUUUUAUGUUUAAAUUAAUUGAGAUCUUUCAGUUGGAAGUUGUGUAACAUGUGCAUACAAUUUGCUGUAGAUUAGACUUUUUUAAUCAGCCUUCCAUUCCUACUGGUCAGAAGGUUUACAAGCUUAUAAAAAAUAUUUGGGCUAUUCAGAACAAUGGCUUCAUACUCCCAAAACAUUUUAAUACAUUGUAUUUUAUUUAUUUCAGUCUCAAACUUCAAGUAGCUGAUGAGCAAGUACUUGACCAACAUGCAUACCUUAUGCAACUUAAGCAACUGCAGGCUGACCCAGAUUUGAUUGCCAAGGAACACUUGGUGGAGAAGCACCUUCUAAAGAGACAGGUCAUGGUGGCUUCCUGGGUGGCGUCAUUUUUCAGUGAAAAUUUUACAAGUGUUUCACAUUGUGUUUUUAGUACUUUAUGAUGUCUCAAGUGAUAUGACUUACUUACUAAAUGCCUUUUAUCCCACCUGGGGCAUAGGCCGUCUAAAAAAUGUUCCAUACAUCUUGUUCCUCAAGUGAUUUCAAGUUUAGAAAGAAAAGCGUAUUGUUCUUAAUAUUAUAUUAUAAAAUAUGUGGUUCUUAAAAGGGGUUGAUGAAACAUAUUUCAUAUAUAUUGUAAAUAAAUAAGAUAAUAAUGCACACAAAAAUAUUAGUUUCCUUAAAUGUCUUUAGCAAUCAUGUCACAUAAGAGAAACAUGUGUAAAAUAGAAUCCUGCUCAGUUAAUGUACAAAUUCUUUUCCUAGGCAAAAUUUAGAGAGAAGUUAAACAACAUAAUGAUCAACAAGGCAAAGUUGGAACAUUCUCAAGGCACUGAUGUAGGCAACAAUGCCAACCACACUUUAUCAGCCAGGGCUUCCAUGGAGGACAUGUGUGGUCAGCUCAAACAGGGGAAAGGUGCACUCAAUACUAGGCAGGUUUAUGACAUGCUCAAAGCAGAGGAGAAGAAACAGCAGAAGGUGAGCUUGUAUUUACUAAUUACCAAGCAGAAGACCAGCUUUUAGCAGUGGACCCUCUUUGAGCAUUAGAUCAGCUUUAUCAGUAGAUCAGCUUUUAGCAGUAGAUCAUUUAUAAGCUGCAGAUCAUCUUUAUCAGUAGAUCAUCUUUUAGCAGUAGAUCAUCUUUUAGCAGUAGAUCAUCUUUUAGCAGUAGAUCAUCUUUUAGCAGCAGAUCAUCUUUUAGCAGCAGAUCCUCUUUCAGCAGUAGAUCAUCUUUUAGCAGUAGAUCAGCUUUUAGCAGUAGAUCAUCUUUUAGCAGUAGAUCAGCUUUUAGCAUUAGAUCAUCUUUAAGCAGAUCAUCUUUUAACAGUAGAUCAUCUUUUAGCAGUAGAUCAUUUAAAAGUAGCAGAUCAUCUUUAUCAGUAGAUCAUUUUUUAGCAGUAGAUCCUCUUUUAGCAGUAGAUCAUCUUUUAGCAGCAGAUCCUCUUUUAGCAGUAGAUCAUCUUUUAGUAUUAGAUCAUCUUUUAGCAGUAGAUCAUCUUUUAGCAGCAGAUCCUCUUUUUGCAGUAGAUUAUCUUUUAGCAGUAGAUCAUCUUUUAGCAGCAGAUCAUCUUUUAGCAGCAGAUCAUUUUUAUCAGUAGAUCAGCUUUUAGCAGCAGAUCAACUUUUUGCUGUAGAUCAUCUUUUAGCACCAUAUCAUCUUUUUGCAGUGGAUCAUCUUUUACCAGCAGAUCAUCUUUAUCAGAGAUCAUCUUUUAGCAGUAGAUCAUCUUUGAAUCUAUUUCUGAAAUAUUUUUUUUUACCUAAGAGCGUUGAUGAGGUACAGUUGAUAAAUUUCAUUUGUAGAUUUGUGAGUUAUUGAUGGAGUUAUUCUAAGGCUUAUGUAGUGUGUUGUGGAAUGAUUGAACUUUUAUUUUUGAGGCAUGUGUUACUGCAUAAAUGUGGGACUUGACGUCUUAACAUUUGUUCUGAUCUGUUCUAUAAGACAAAUUUAAAGAUAAUCAAAGAGCCCCUAAAAACAAAGUUUUUCUUAUAAACCCUUCACAAAAUGUCGCAUUGGGAAAUGGGUUAAGGGGAGGGGGGGGGGGGGCUGACAUUGUAACAAAACAAGCAUAUAAGUUAUAGAAGUCACCCACUUUAUAAGAAUUCCAAUUAGUGCCCACAUUCCCCCUCCAUCCUCCAGGAAUCGCAACCAACUUUUUUUCAUGCCCCUGAACUAUGUUAAUAUUCCAAUGACCCACCUGCUUUUACAACACAGAUUAAUUUCACCAACUAUUUCAGAAAAACAAAAGAAAAUAUAACGCACUUGUGGUAUUUUUUGUAAUAGAAUCUCAUUUAGCUCAAUUAUCUGGAAUUUUAUUUCGUGAAAUCAGUUUCAUCAUGUUUCCUUCAUCUUCCCCUUGAAAAACAGGAAAAACUGAUUUUUGGGGGUGGGGCUGGAAAUUUGAUAGAAUGUGUUGUCAUCAGCAAAGAGUCUAUGGGCCAAGUUUCAGAUUGAUAUGAAGAGCUGAUUUUCAAAAUGCUGUACAUCCAUUUUUGGGGUUUUGAGAUUAUUCAACUUUUUACAAAAAAUUACAUACUGCUUUUAGAGAAUUAAAUCAUUUUUAAACAAGAAUAAAAUAGGAAUAUAAUGUGUUUGUAAAUAAACUUUACCAUGUCCUAAAGGAGUGGCACUUUAUUGUUUAUAAGCUAAACCAAGUUUUAUUUGUUGUCAUUUGAAGCAUAAUUUUAAUGAUUUUCUUUGCUAUUUUUUCUACUGUAGAAAGUUUCCUAGACGAUUAACAGCUCAAAAAGCUUUGGAAUUGUAUUAUGCUAUUUCUUUUGAUAACGAAGAUGAUUUAUAUGUAGAGCCCUCACAUGAUUCUGAUAGUAGUAGUUUUAGAGGAUUUGAGUUAUAGAAGUGAAGAUGAGGUAUAAAUACAUCAUAGGGUUUGGGGGAAAAUGGUUUAGCAUAUAAUGUUUUCACAUUUUAUGGUUCUUUUCUGUAAGUUAUUUUAUUUAAACUGAAGAAAUUUGUUCACAAACAUAUAGUCCUUUCAAUUACCUUUCAUUUGAUACCAAGUUUAGUCUUAUAAACCAAAAAAAAAAAUAUUUUAAAUAUUUUUUAAUAAACCCAACCUCUCACUCUUUUAUGCACUUUUACAAUGUACAUUAUUUCGAUAAAAAAAUUCCUCAGGGAAAGAGUUAAAUGUACUUUAAUCUUAUUUUGGUCGUCUCUAAAUGCAAAAAAUAAAGCUUUUCUUCUAAAACUGCAUUUCAUCUAACAAGAAAUUCAACAAUGUGUUGUUGUUUUUUUAAUUCAGUGUAUCACCCCUAAGCAAGACUUGAAUAAACUGGAACGUGAGAAAAUGGUUAUGGAACCCAUGCAGCUGGCGGUGAAAGAAGCCGCAACACUUGAAAAACUCAGAGAACUGAAACAAAUUCUCCGCAUGUCCCAGCAGCAAAAAGAUGUAGACUUUAGGCCGGGGCCGUAUCUUGACAUGGAUCUACCCGUGAACUUUUUCCCUCACGUCUCCGGCAGUAAAGAAAACAACCUGUCCUCAAAAUAUCUACCGAAUCAGCUUUUGGAUAAUUUUGACUUAGACACGGAUCAAGCCUGCGGUCAAAGUUUGGUUCCAGCAGACAGAAAUGGGUCACGGUCAAAGGAUACACCUCCACUGUACUGCAGUGUUGAUGCUCCAGACGACCAUGUUAAGAGACUGCAAGAAUACCUGGACCAGGUACUAAAUAGCACUUACAUAGACAAAUUUGUGCCAGAUUCAAGGGAAAUCACUACAGAUUGUCUUCAUUCUAGGGAGGCAAUCUCUGGAAAUGUACACCAAAAAUCACUCCUACAGCUAGACCAGCCCUUUCAACAUAGCCAACUCGCCUGCAGUAUAGAUCCCAUAGUUUAUAGUGUUUCUCCUGGAAAUGAUGGCAUAAUGCCAACGGAGGUUCGGUCUCUGCAUGACCCCCGGCACAGUCACAAAUUCGCUCUGGAUGACAGGCCCAAUGAGUCCAGUUCUUUGGUGACUCCAGAGAAAAACAACAUUGAAAGUCUCUAUCAGAACAACUGCAAUGUUAACCAUCCUGGCAAGAAGGUCAGUCGCUCUAGGCAGCACUCAACUCUAGGGAAUUCCAAUAAUUCCAAUAGUGCCAAGCCACAUUUGUCAGAAAUAAAUUCAGUUAAAUGUGCUGCAUCAUGUCCAAGAAAUCAAAAUGCUUCAUGUUCUUCUAAAAGUAACGAAGAGUCAUCCUUAGAAGGGAAAUUGUCAGUAGAUUCAGAUUUAAGACUGGAAUCAAAUCCGAGAAUUACAACUAGAGAUAAUUUGCAUGCCAGCGGGAAAGUUGCUGACUUAGAAAAAGAUCCAAAUUUUAAAGAAAACACUAAUUCCGUGACAAGAGUAAGUAACAGUUUAUCAGAUAAAUUGUUAGAGUUACAGCCCCUGAGCACAGAUGCUGGGCUAAAAAUAAAAAGUUCUUCAAUACCGACGGAGGGGAAGCAAGCGUUGGUACUGUCCCCCAGUGAGUACAUCAAUUCAAUGUCAGACACUGGUAAAUUUGAUGCUAGAAAAAUGGGACUGUCUUGUCGAACAUUUGAGACAGCUCUGUCCCACAUGUUGGAGUGGGAUGAUCGAAAAAAUGUUCCCAAUUUACCAUAUGAGAUAGACCCCUAUGAGAAAUAUGCUCGGGUCUCAAAACCUCACAGCAGCCUGAUUCAUCAUUCCAAGAACAGGUUUCUCUCUCCAUAUCAGGAAAAGCUAAAGGUGAUGAGAAAGCUGAACGAAGGAAAAAAUAAACUGGCAUCAGCCUCUACAGACCAAAAACCAAUUUUAAAAGGAAUGUCUAAGGUAUUCAAUUUUUAGUUAUCAUCAUUUCUAUUUCUUUUAAAUAUUAUUUUUGUAUGCUUAAAAACUACUGUGCUAGCCAAAUUAUUUCUCUAAUUUAACAGUGAUUUAAUCCUCAAAUUGAAAUCUGCUUGCAGGGUACACCAGAAGCUGACAAGUUGUUUAAAUCUGAACUAAGAUCCUACCAUCAAGAUUCAGCUGCUCUUGAUUCUACACAAGGUAUAUCAAACUCAACAUCAGUUUGCUAUUAUUCUCGUUAGAUAUUUUUAAUUAAGUGUAUUGUGUAGUUAAAAUAAAGCCAUUUAUAAUAAUUGUAUACAUUUCUUUUUAUCAACUUUCAUAAAUAUAUCCUGUACAGAGGAUGGAGCAUUGGAAUAGUAAUCAUUUAAGUCUUAACGGCAGUUUUGAUCAUUUGCCCAUUUUCAUUUAUUAGGUUUAAAAGACUAUUCUCAGCUGUAUUUGCUGAAUAGGGCUAUUGUAAACACACCACUAUGCAACGGGGUCAUGCUGAAAGUACUCCUCCUUCUCUUAAUACUGUUUAAAAUCAUCUGAUUCACUAGAUCCUAGGGCGGCACUUGUUUUAUUUGAUCAGUGCAGUUAAUGAACUUUCUCUCAGCCAAUCCCAAGAAUGCCAUCAAACACAGUUUUAAAAAACACAAUUUUUGGGCAAGUUGUGAAAUAAUUACCCCAUAUCAUCAUCAUCUUGGACAUGUGACGAGUGAGCUCAGCUACUCUUUGUGUUUGCAAUGGAUCUCACACCUUGGUUACGCAUUGUGAAGUUUAGAAGAGCCCUUUCGUCUUCUUUGUCUCAUGUGAGCACUAUCUGUCAGUUUCAUGUGACAACAGUAGACUAAGUCAGAGCUCCACAAAGUUGCGCAAUGGCAAAGUCCUUCCAUGGUGAUGAAAAUAUGCCACAGGGAUGGACAGUUUUUUUGGUAAUAUAUAAACUUGUGUAUCUCUGCAAGAUAUUGAAAAAAAUUUGGUGUUGUGUAGUGCUAAGAGAUUAUAAAUAUGAUAUGUUACCAGGGUGCUUUCUCCACUACACUUACCAUCUUGACAAUUUACAUUAAUUCUUUUAGAAUCUACUUGACAGUUUCUUUCCUUGUCUUCUUGCAGCUACUGCAACAACUGGAGACAAAAAGAUCAAUCAAUUCAGAAUGGAUCCUUUCCAAAUUAAACUCGCCUACUACAAGACCAUGGACCACUUUGAGGAGGAUGAAGAUGAAGACUCUUUCUUUGGCCUGCAGCCUGAUAGAACCAAACUCACCGCCAUGACAUCUGAUGAAAGGGAGAGAACCUUCAUGUCCGCAGUAGCUGCAGAGAAAGCCCGAGUAAAUAAGAUACGGAAAGCAAGAGAAGCUGCGGAGACAAUACAGCGGCACUGGCGCAAAUUUCGUGUCAGGCAGUAGACAGGAUCUCCCCAUUUUAAGUUGAAAUUUCAAUUCAAAGAAGCAUUGACAGCAUUGAAACUGAUUCUUGGAUCCAAGGGGAAUAACUUAGAGUGUACUAUAAAAUUUAAAAACUAGGCCAAAUUUAAAAAUAACCUGAGCUAGACUUUAUAUUUAAUUGAAUGUUUAUCUGGAUGAAAUAUGAUCAUUCUUUUUGUUUGAAAAUAUCCCUAAUUCAAAAUAUUUAUUUGCUAAAUUAUGAGGGUUAUUAGGUUAAAUUAAUCUACAUAUAAUGUUAACUUAUCACAAGGAAAAAAACUAGUUGCUUCCCCUGAUCUAUUAGUCACAUAACGAAAGCUCAUUUAUGCAUGCACUGUUGUGGGCUGAUUAUUUAUAUAGGAUAUCUUUCAACCUCAAAGUAUUAUGUGUCAUCUAUUUCGUGGCAUAUUUAAUGUAUAAAAUUUGACUCAAUGAUUCUUAAGAUGUAGAGAGGCAUGAUACCCCAACAUCCCUCUCUAUGCACAUCCAUAGAAUUAUUGUAGAAUUUAACCUCUCGUAACUUAAGCAAAGAAAACUUUUUACACCAAAGAUAUUCACUGCUGAAUACAUUGGUUACUGUAAGUAACAUAGUGUUUAGUUUGUAGUAAUUCAAACUUUUCUUUGCCUGACCAAAGAUAAGCCAUUUGAGCAUUACUCAUCAGCUGAAUUUUAUAUUGUGUAACCAUUAUCAAGGCUGUGGAAUUGAUGUGCACAUAAUUUGUCUAUUAUUGAUCAGAAGCUGAAAGCACCAAACGAACUCCUGAUAUCAGUGGAAGUGAAAUUGGGUUCAAUGCUAUGAUUUUUAAUAACAAAGAAGUUUAUGAACAUGCACUUUUUUUUUUGGUGAUGUUUAGCCAAUAUGCAAUACACCAAUGAGGAGCUUGUCAUUCAUUUACCAGGUAUUACACUCUUGAAAAGGACAACUACUAACAAAGUUAUAUCUUGGACACAAAUAACCAAAUUUGAUUGGGAAAUGGCUUUGCAGCCCAACACUGAAAUGGUGUAUAGGAGUGUCUCCUCUUACAAAAGACUUGGCUGAUCUGGUUCACUGCAGGGGGCGCUGCUAGUCAUAGUGAUUUGGCUAUGUUUAUCAAAAGCUGAAUUUAUUUAUAUGAACAUCUACUGUAUGAUACAGAUUUGACUAAUUCAUUUCUUUUCAAAUUCUUGUUGUGCACAGCAUGGAUACUUCAUUUAGGAGCACUGUCGGGCCAGAUAGAUAAAAAAAACAUUAACAAGGAAAUUUGUAAAAAUGUUCAGCAUCAUCAGGUCAAACAUUUUUAUUAGCAUCUCAUAAAUAUCGUAACAUAAAUAAAUGCAACUCACAAAUUGAAUUAUACAUAUAUAUAUUUAUAUAUUUUUAUAGAUUAUGUUUGUUGUUGCAAAAACAAUUCAACGGGGUGUAACAUUUCCGACUAGGAUAAACAAAACAAUUUUAAAUAAAGCAACAUUGUGAUAACUUAUUGA